AUGGUGCAUCGAUUUGAGCAACUGAUAAACAAACCGAAGAGACUCAGAGGUCACGAGGAGGCGGGCUCGGAGCCGCAGGCAACCACGAGAGGUCGCCGAGCUCCCUCCUCUAUAUAUACACCCCCCGCCGCAGUUCUCUGCACCAGCCAAACCAACCGAGGCCAACCAUCAACCAGCAGCGCCCAGCCACACAGCGCCGCCGCAGCCCGCUCGACCGAUCAAUCGGCGGCAAUGGAGGAGCGGGGCAGGGGCGCGAGCAACAAGAUCCGGGACAUCGUGCGGCUGCAGCAGCUGCUAAAGCGGUGGAAGCGGAUGGCGGUGGCGCCGGGCGGCCGGGGCAAGAACGGCGGCGGCGCCGUGCCCAAGGGGUCCUUCGCGGUGUACGUGGGCGAGGAGAUGCGGCGGUUCGUGAUCCCCACCGAGUACCUGGGCCACUGGGCCUUCGAGGAGCUGCUCCGGGAGGCGGAGGAGGAGUUCGGGUUCCGGCACGAGGGCGCGCUCCGGAUCCCCUGCGACGUCGAGGCCUUCGAGGGCAUCCUCCGCCUCGUCGCCGCCGGGAAGAAGGACUCCGCCGGCGCCGCCGCCGACAUGUGCGACCGCUCCUGCUCCUCCGAGACCGAGAUCCUCUGCAGAUGA